UUGUACCGACUUCAGUCACAUGUCUGCAGAACCCGAGUCUGUAGCAGACGGAACUAGCCAGCCAGCCUGCUAGCUAGCCUUUUUUUUUGAUUUGACAUUUUAGCAAACAGAGUAAUUUGCACGAAUAUUAUUUAUCUAGUCAUUUCUGCUUUUCUUGUCAAAAUUAAACAUUAGCAUAUAGCUAGCAGGAAAGCUCCACAAUGCAUGACGCUUACGAACCGGUACCUAUCCUGGAGAAACUGCCUCUCCAGAUUGACUGUCUUGCGGCCUGGGAGGACUGGCUUCUAGUUGGGACCAAACCAGGUCAUCUGCUGCUCUACAGAAUCAAAAAGGAUGCAGGUACCAACAGGUUUGAGGUGACUUUGGAGAAAUCACACAAGAACUUCUCCAAGAAGAUCCAGCAGCUCUUCAUUGUCUCACAGUACAAGAUCCUCAUCAGUCUACUGGAGAACAACAUCCAUGUCCACGACCUAUUGACCUUUCAGCAGAUUACUGUGGUUUCCAAGGCCAAAGGGGCAACGCUCUUCGCCUGUGACCUGCAGCUGUCCCCUUCAGGAGAGGCCCAGCUGAGGAUGUGUGUUGCAGUGAAGAAGAAGCUUCAGCUGUACUACUGGAAGGACAGGGAGUUCUAUGAGCUGCAGGGAGACUUUUCUGCUCCAGACAUCCCGAAGUCCAUGGCCUGGUGUCAGAACUCCAUCUGUGUGGGCUUCAAGAGAGACUACUACCUCAUCCGGAUGGAUGGGCGUGGCUCCAUCAAGGAGCUCUUCCCCACGGGGAAGCAGCUGGAGCCCCUGGUGGUUCCCCUGGCUGAUGGGAAGGUGGCGGUGGGCCAGGAUGACCUCACGGUGGUGCUCAACGAGGAGGGGGUCUGCACUCAGAAGUGUGCCCUCAACUGGACUGACAUCCCCAUUGAUAUGGGUACUUGUGUUUCCUUGUUAUAGUUUCUUUCCCCUGGCUCAGCAGUAUGUAGAUUCAUAUCCUGCCUUCCUGGUAUUGUGUCAUGGCUAUGCUUAAGUGACUUAACGCCAUAUUGUUUGUCUACAGACUUGCUGCUACUUUUUGUUUCAAGUUUUUGUGUAGCCU